AUGGGUUUCCGUGAGAACGCUGCAAAACUUGAUUUAUCCGAGAUAUUACCAGAGGAGGUCGAGGAAGAAGUGAAGGAAGCAGCCAAGAUAUCGAUGGGGAGUGAAAUGGACGAAUAUGACAUGGCAAAUAUAAUGGAGCUCUGCAACAGGGCCUUGUCUCUAGCCGAAUACAGGCCUCAACUGUACGACUACCUGAAAAGUAGGAUGAACGCCGUUGCACCUAAUUUGACUGCUCUGGUUGGAGAGCUUGUUGGAGCUCGGCUGAUUGCCCAAAUUAUUAAAUCCUUUAAUGGGUUAAAAAAAGGGCAAUAA